GACUCCAAAUCAAGAAAGUUCCAGAAGUAUUUAGGAAUUUUUCCUGCAAACAAUUUUGAACAGGAAUUGUCCAAAAUGGUGGUGUCCAUUGAUAGGGUAGCCGAAACUGUGGCUGUUGUCCCCAAGCCAAAUUUAACUGAGACUUCAGUGUACAGCCAGGUGGAAUUUUCUGACCACAGACGUCACAAGGAGGAAGUGAACUUUGGCCCUGUCCUUCACCCUGUCAGAUUCUCCGACACAGCUUUCAUCUAUCUAAACAGCACCAAAAAACGUUUCGUCAGCCGGACUUUCUACGAGGCCAGGGUCAAACCAAAAAGUUACGCCGUGACAACGUACAACAACCCUAAAACACUGGAGGAGAGAUACGUCAGCUAUUUGGAUUUUAACAAAAAGGACAACAAAAAAUGGUUCAAAACCAGCGUUGAGCUGAAAGCUAGAAAAUUCACCUCCGCCCAGGUUAUCCGUGAACCUGUCAGUAAUAAUAAUUACCUGGACUACACGACAACCACGACUAAAUUAUCCUCCACUCCUGCAGGAUAUGACUUUAAAUCCAAAAAUUAUCCAAACGGAUUAGGGUUUAACGAGGAGAGGAGGAUGAAUUUCGGUCAGUAUCCUGGCCAGGGAGGGACUGCUGAAGAGAAGUAUGACCCUGGCGCUUCACAAGUCUACAUCCCUAAACCUCUUCACCGGUCACUAGAUGACCAGUCUUUAUAUUCUGGGGAUUUGCUACUCAAUUUUUCAAAUCGUAAAGUCGAUUUUAAUAUGAACGGGCCGUUGAAUGGAUAUUCAGAUGUAUAGGUGUUUUAUAAUACAAACAGUAUGCUUUGAUUACCAUGUGAAGCUUUCAUGAAUCAAACUCUACAUUUACAAAGACUGAACUAUGGGAGUUAAUUUUAUACAAGGGGAGAUAA